UUUUUUCCCAACAAGGGCCUUCGGAUCGCGCCAAAUAAGCUCGACAAGCUCCCUGUCAUCUCGUCCUUUCCUUUUAGCUUGAACAUCAUAAAGUGGCAACAGUCAAAUUUCCGAAAAUACCACCCAAUUAAACCCUGAACAAUCAACUAACGACUCCGAACCUGAACCUGAAGCGAAAUCGCAUCAAUUCUGGAGCAAUGACGGUCGACACAUCUAGUGACGACAAAAAAGGCACCGAGCCGCCUGUAGAUGUAGAAACGGCCGACGAUGAAGCAAUUCCUGCGAGAUUUGCUCCAGAGGAGGAAAAGGAGCUUGUCCAAGAGUCCAAUACUGCCAAGACAGAAGCCAAUACACUGUUCACGGCAGGGAAAUGCGACGCCGCACUCGAAAAGUACAACCAGGCGAUCGCCGUCUGUCCCAACUACCUAGACUACGAAGUCGCCGUGCUCAAGUCCAACAUCGCAGCCUGCUACCUCAAACUCAAGGAAUGGAAGGAGGCCAUGACCGCCGCGACCGAAUCCCUCGACCGGCUGGACAAGGUUGAAAAAGCCGACUCGGAGGAGGCCGAGGUCGAAAAGGCUGCCGAGGCGGAAGAGCUGGCAGACGUCGAGGAGACGAUAGUCAGCGCGGGUGCGGCUCAGGCGGGGCCCGCGCUUCCGACCAAGCCCGAGACGUCGGCUCAGAGCGCGAGGCGUCAGCGAGCCGAGGAUGUGCGGCGCAUACGGGCCAAGGCGCUCAUGCGGCGGGCCCGGGCGCGGAGCGAGGCCGGUGGUUGGGCGAACCUCACGGGUGCAGAGGAGGACUACAAGCUCCUGUCCAAGAUGUCCAACUUGGGCCCGGCCGACAGGAAGGUCGUCCAGUCGCAGCUCAGGCUUUUGCCGCCCCAGGUCAAGGCCGCCCAGGAAAAGGAGACGGCCGAGAUGUGGGGUAAGCUGAAAGAGCUGGGUAAUGGUAUACUAAAGCCUUUCGGUCUGAGCACCGACAACUUUAAAAUGGAACAGGAUCCCAAGACCGGGGGUUAUAGCAUGAACUUUCAGCAGAAUGGCUCAUAGUAGCACUGCUAUCCGCUUCAAUAAUGAUAUGCAAAGGAACGACAGCGGCAAUGCUCGAGUUUAAAGAGCAUCCUUUCAUUGUAGCUACAGUUAGGAGCAUAACCAUCGUGGUUUCAAUCACCACCCGUUACCAGAAAGAGGCCCAGCUGGAGGCAAAGCUGGAGGAGAUUUUGGAAACCCAAAGGACCGCAGACGCCUGCUUCGAUGACGAGGCUUACGAAAGUUCUUGGAACAUUGAAAGUCCAUUGUCCACUUUUCAGGCAAGCGACCAAAUGGCGCUUUGGGGUCACAAGUUCCCAGUUACAACGGCGCGCAUUGCGAAGGAAUGGGCGCCUGUCAUAUUAACGGCAUGUUCACAACGUUUUCAAUGGCGAUCUCGGUCACGGAAAUCGAGGGGCAACAGAGCUAAGCCAAAAUGAUCGAUUUUUUUUCCCUAAUGCUGAACGAGUCCAUAGAUACGGAUUUAGGAGCG